AUGCCUAGGACUGGAAAAGCAGAAUGGUGAGCGAAGAAGGGUCUGAGACACCCCAGUGAGCUGGUCAGGGAGCCCAGAAGGCUGCAUAGCUGGCCAGGGCUUGCCAGAUGCUGGGAGCUGGAGCCGGUCCAUCCAGGCAAUUGGGCCAAGUCCCUGAGCUCUUUUAGACCAGAAGGUACAACUAGAGGGAAGCAUGGAUUUAAAUUCUGUGGCGUAAGAGAAAUGCUCAGAGCAUGUUCUUCAUGA